CCCAGCCGUUCGCGAGGCGAGCCCCUCUGGAGCAAGGCCAUCCUGUCUUGCGGCGUGCCCUGGAAACCCCACCUCUUUCUAGCCCUGCAUUUGCGCCUGCGCCUGCGCCUGCGUGUGCCUCUGCGACAGCGUCCCCAGCCAGCCGCCCGGCCGCCAGCCAUCCCUCGCCCGAGGAGCUCCUGUCCUGUCCCACAUCCCGCAUCAAAGAAGCUCGUCGACUUACACGGUCAGGGCAACCCUGCUCCACCGGGCAGCCGUCAACGAAACGACGGGAGACGAUUCUGCACGCCAACAACCCCUCCAUCUCCACUCCAGCCCACAUUAUUUUUCUUUUCAUUUCCUCCCUCGCCAUUUUGGCCUGGGGGAGUUCCUCCAGCAAAGUUUGGUUUUCUGGCUUCGACUCCGAGUCUGCGGGACCUUCGCACCGAUGUUUUUGGCAGGCCGAUACCCCCAGCAAUGACCCUAUAGGCGGUGCAUUCUGCGACCGACCCUCCUCGUGUCGACAAGCUCCCGUGUUGUGUGCGGCCAUCUCCGGGCGGGCGCUUUGCUUUUUUCCCCUGCGCAGUCCGGCGCCGCAGCACCCACAGCGACAGGCUGGUUAGCGCAUCCGCCGCCCAUCUCCUCGCCCACCACGGCACCGCGCGUUCGACGACGACUGGGACCGUUCUUGAUUGUCCGACAUCGCAGAGCCGUCUCUCGACCCUCGGUCUCAGCAGCCGUCUCGACAGACAGGCUGCAUCCGCACGCCGUGGUCCGCCAUGCUCAUUGACGGUGAGAAGUGGGCCUGCGAGGCCUGUGUGAGAGGCCAUCGCGUUAGCAAUUGCCAGCACCACGACCGCCCCCUUCAGCACAUCAACAAGAAGGGACGGCCGGUAUCGCAAUGCCAGCACUGCCGGGCGAUGCGCAAAUCGCGCGCCGCGCACGUCAAGUGCGAUUGCGGCGAGAAGACACACAAGUGCGUGCACUUGAGGCCGGUGAUCGACGGUCACAAGGAAAGCUGCUGCUGCAAUCAUGGCGGCCGCUGCACCUGCGCACACAAGAGGGAGCCCAAGCUCGACACGGUGCCCGAGUCGGACUCGGAUGAGGGCGAGGGCGAGAGUGCUGCUGCCCAGUCUAAGGGUUCCAAGGCCGGUUCGCGCGCCCGGCGCCGUGCCCACACGACGAGUUCGGACGCCCUGCUGCCGUUUGACGGCAACGGCCACCACAAGCCAACGUACAAGCACGCCAAGGCCUCGCAGAAAUGCGGGCCGUACCAGCUGAGCCGCGUCAGCUCCGCUUCCAACCCGAGCAGCCUGAGAAAUCGCUCGAUGGACGACCUCCUUGGCGCGGCCGCAAGCGGCGAUUCUGCAGCGGGAAGUGGAGCGGGCGAGCUUGCCCAAGCGCAGCGCAGAGUCAAGUCGGAGGCUGCUUCGCCGCUGUUGGAACCUUCGUCCUCGUUUGCGCAGCUCAACGGGCAGCUGCCGCCUCUGGACCUCUCGGGUAUCAAGUACCCUCCGUACAUCCCCAACAGCGCCGACUUCUUUGGCGCCCUGUCCGAUUACGAGCAGCCCAUGUUCAGCGCCGGCCUGAGCGCGACAUCGGUCGACUGGAGCAACUACGAGGGCCUGGAUAUGGCGAGCAAGGCGGCCGACUUUGCCCCUUCGAGCUACAGCCAACCGCAGAGCUACGGUGGCUUCGAUUUCAACGGGUCGGAACCUAUCCCGACCAUGACCACCACGUCGACGUCCGGCGAAGUGUCGGAGGUGGAGGAUUUCCUGUCGAACCCCCUGGACGACUUCGACACCUUCCAGAACAGCGGCCCCGUCGGCGGGUUCGGAGUCGGCCACACGCAGGCGAGCAUGCUCGGCAGCGCGGAUCUGGCGAGCCUGGAUUUCGAGGAUUUCAACUUCAUGAAGAAGGAGGCCGGCAGGUUCCUGUCGAACCCGGCGUCCAUGGCGGGCGACGAUCCGACCCUGCUCACCACCAGCGCCCCCGCCUUCAGCGGCCUCACCUCGCUCGAGGACGACCCGGCCUUCUGGAUGAACGACUACGGCAUGCCCACCCUCACCGAGUCGCCGACCGAGAGCACUCUGCCGUCUUUCUGGGACGGCCAAUAACACGGCGGUGACGGUUGCUGGGGGGGAGAUGGCUUGCCUCGCUGGGGUAAACCAGAACAGCUGGGAGGAAUCUGGCGCCGUGGCUAGGAUCAGCUGCGAAGAGACGCGUUUCCGUGCCUGCCACGUGCAUAUGUCCCCCUUUUUACCUUGUCCGGCGGCGUUUUCUGAUUUCGCUCGCAUUUUCUCGGCUUUACACAGAAUGGAGAAUGGAGCACAAACGGGGCGGCGACAGGGAGUCAGUUCUUCUUCUAGGUGGCGCAGGAGGCAGUUCUUCUCGUCAUUUCGGUAUCGUUUCCCUUUG